AUGGAGGCCAACACUGUGACCAUCGCUGUCAUUCCCGCGAUGAAGGCGUCCACCGACGGUCCAACUAACGCACGAGCCCCACUGGCCCACGGAGAAGGUGACUCCCAGAUCACCGGCGAGACUGAGGUCCACACCAAGAUCGACCCUCAAAUUGCUGAUUCCGACGCUGAGCCUGUGCUGCGCAGCGAUCUGGCCGAAGCCAACGCCUCCAUGGACACCAAUGCUGCCCUAUUGAAGAAGGCCUGCUCCCUCCCAAACUACACGGAGCACGCCGAGGCACUCGCUGAGGAAAGGGCCUUCCUGAAUGCCAUGCUCCGGCGGGCCGCCCACCGCCAGGCCGAGACGGAUGCCAAAUUUGUGAGGUUCAAGGCCGAGGUCAUUGCCAGGGAGGCGCGCACUCUGGCGCACGCUGUUGCGGAGACAGCGGUGCUGCGCGCACAGCUGGCUGAGGCCCAGGCAGCUUCCCAGGCCCUAGCAGAGGUGCGCGGAGUCGUGGAGGUUGACAAGAACGGCUCCUUCUCCAUCAAGGCUGGCCCGACCAAGGAUCCCUUCAACCUCAAGAAGUUCAGCUUCUUGCGCCAGGCUGCGGAGAAGGCUGUUCCAGCCCCGCACCCGCAGCGCAAGCCAGCCGCAGCAAAGCGGGCGAGCUGGCGCUCCCUCUUCUGCAUGGGUCCCAUGCGUGCCUCCACGUAG